UGGUGGUGAGGUGAAGUCAGAGUGAGUGGAUCGAUAAUAAACAAACCAAACCCACACACCAUAUCCGGAGAGGGCUUAAGCCUAAAAGCCUACUUCUUCUUCUUCUUCUUCUUCUUCUUCUUCCACUACUCUUCUCCAUUACUCCAAUAGGGUUCUGAAUCUGAAUCUUCCCUUUGCGUGUUUCAUUGCCCAUCACCAAGGAUCAGAUAUUAUCAUGGCGUCAAAUUCGCAGAAGGAUUCACCUGCUGAUGAAAAGCCAGUUUCACCCCAGAACUCAGCACCCAAAUCCGAAACAUCAUCUGCAGAGUCACAGACAGGAGAAAGUAGACCCAUCCCUAUUUCAGGAACUGAGUUUCCUCCUAAUCCUUUUGAUUUCUCUGCCAUGACCGGCCUGCUUAAUGAUCCAAGCAUCAAGGAGCUAGCUGAACAGAUUGCAAAAGAUCCUGCUUUUAACCAGAUGGCAGAGCAGCUCCAGAAGACUUUUCAAGGCGUGCAAGUUGAAGAAGAAAUUCCUCAGUUUGAUUCUCAGCAGUAUUAUUCCACCAUGCAACAGGUUAUGCAGAAUCCCCAGUUUAUGACCAUGGCUGAGCGCCUUGGUAAUGCAUUGAUGCAGGAUCCAUCCAUGUCUACCAUGCUUGAGAGCUUGCAAAAUCCAGCAAACAAGGAUCAGCUUGAUGAACGAAUGGCACGCAUUAAGGAGGAUCCAUCUUUGAAGCCUAUCUUAGAAGAGAUAGAGAGUGGCGGUCCAGCUGCCAUGAUGAGGUAUUGGAAUGAUCAGGAUGUUCUGAAGAAGUUGGGUGAAGCUAUGGGUAUGGGUCUUGCUGUUUCAGGAGAUGCAGCCACUUCCGCAGAUAAUGCUGGAACUGAAGAAGCCGAAGAUGCGGGAAAUGAUGAUGAAUCAAUUGUUCAUCACACUGCUAGUGUUGGUGAUUUUGAGGGUCUGAAAAAUGCCCUAGCAUCUGGUGCUGAUAAGGAUGAGGAAGACUCAGAGGGACGAACAGCAUUGCAUUUUGCAUGUGGAUAUGGUGAGGUCAAGUGUGCUCAAGUUCUUCUCGAGGCUGGGGCGAAAGUGGAUGCUUUGGAUAAGAACAAAAACACUGCACUGCAUUAUGCGGCUGGUUAUGGAAGGAAGGAGUGUGUGGCACUCCUACUAGAGAAUGGUGCUGCAGUCACUCUUCAAAACUUAGAUGGGAAGACUCCCAUCGACGUUGCGAAGCUCAACAAUCAGCACGAUGUUCUAAAGUUGCUCGAGAAGGAUGCCUUCCUGUAGACUUUGGAGAUGAGAGGUGGCAUGUUUAUGCCUUUGGGUUCUUAGAGGCAUUUUCAUUGUGUCAGACCAAUUUUCGUUGAUCAGUUUGAAAUUGUAGUGGCCCUUGAUGUUUUUCCCUCUGAUAUCUAUCUGCUCUCUGAUUGAUACGUUGCAUGAAUUUGAUAGCAGCAUAGUCAGACGUUUUUUUUCUUCUAAUUUUAUUUUAUGGGACACGAUGUGAAGUGUAAUGUGUGCCAUUAUCACAGUUAGUUAAUUUAUUAUUUCGUGUUCAAUUCACUUAUAUCUCUGAACAAAUGAAGAUGAAAUGUGAAUUCAAAGACAGGUAAAUACUCAUUUAAUUUCCUGUAAUUUGGUACCCUCUCUUUUUUAUAAUUAUCAAUCAAUACUAUCUAAUGUAUUUUUAAUA